AUGGGUGUGUGUGACGAUAAGAGACUCAGAAAUGAUAACAUCAGAAAAGUCACAAGCAGAGAAUUCUCUAGGUUCAUACACAGCCCUUCAAUUCCAUUUAUUUCAAGUUCUGUCAAAACAACUGAGUUAGGGCCCCUUCAGGGUUCUGGAAUGCCAGGGAUAUCAAGAGCCUUGGCUAUGAAGAACUUUGCUGUUGGUAUUUUACCAUCUCCAGAGUCCUAUACAGACACCAUUAUAUUUUGUUCAUCAGCCCUUCCCUUGGUUCUUCCCUCUGAUACUUCCUUCGGGAACACUGUGGGAACGCUAUAUCCUGACAUCUGGGAAGUGGAUGUCCUAUCCAAGGAAGCAACUGAAAAGAAACAAAUGGAGGAAUUUGGGGAUUCACUCCAGGACUACUCUCCAUAUCCACUGAGAUUAGUACCCUUGGAGUUUCAGGCAGGACUAGAGGCUCGAAGACAUCCUGUCUGUUCUUUCCUGGGUAGACAACAGAGUGUCUGCCAAAGUCAUGUCCAUAGGCAGCGACUCCUUAGGAAGUAUCUCUCCAAUAUGCUGAUGCUGGGAAAUGUUCUGGGAACCACUAUGGAAAGGAAGCUUUGUUCUCAGCCAUUUUUAACAGAAGGAGCCAUGAUGGAUAUCUGUCAGUCUAUUCAGAUUUUAUUUGGGGUUCCAGCUGAACGGAUGGCAUUUUCCCAGAGCCUACUAGAGAGGGGUCCUAGGAUGAUUUCACAGACUUCAGUGGUCAGAAACUAUAUUCAGAGACAUAUUUUAUGCCAUGGUCACAAGAAAAGAAUGCCCUUAAAGAUGUGGACACGUGGAUCCACAUCUUCCAUAUUACAGCAAUACUCUGGUACUAGAUUGGGAAUAAAGAAAACAAACUCAAAACUUGGUGAUAUAUUCCAGGAAGUCACUCAGCAUGUGUCUGUCUCGUGUACAAGGGCCCAGUUUCCUGCCUUAGUGAAGCCAGAGUCUUUUCUCAAGAUACUUUACAAUAGGGAAGACCCUGUUUCCAGUGACCAGAAUAAAGACUCACAGAGUGAUUCACCGACAAGGACUUUUGACUCUCACCACUCCCUCAAGAUCCACCUUUUAAGCACCCCUGAAGGCCAUGGUGAGAUUCGGUUGCUUCUUGUUUUUAGAUUGAGAACUGGGAAAAGACCUCAGGUUUCAAAGUAUCAUGGAAGAAACAGAAGAUACAUGGAAGAGUACUACAUCACCAUCAAGAAGGAAAGCUAAAAUCUGUCCUCCAGCUUUCAAGAGUCCAACUACUCCAAGAGAUUUCCGGUCCCAAUCUUCCCAGGCUCCAAUUUCUAUACAAGUGCACAUUAGAAAAAAGCAAUGGGGAAGCCAUGGUGUGGUCGGCAAGACAUGCAGAAGACUCUGAGCACCAUGAAUUCCGUCAGGUUCACUCUGUAUCCAAGAGUGGCUUUGAAAGUAAUCAGGAAGAAAAAUGGGCAAAAUCAAGCCUCAAAAAGACCUUUAGCUUCAAAUAUCCAAUGAAGAAAACCACCAAGGGGCUUAAAACACAAAACACAAAGCUCUACAAAAAUAGUGGAACCCCAGAAGAGAGUCCUUUUAGAAUGAUGUGUCAAGAAGCAAGAGUAUUGAAACCAUUCAAACAAGCACUGUUUCUUCAAAGACACAACCUAAGAAAUCCAGCCCAAGUUCAUCCAGCUGCUUUUCCAGGGCCUAAGGCAGGCAUUCCAAAUAACACAUAGAAAUGUAGCUUUUACUGGGCAGAAGCCUGAGGACAGGACAAGGCCAGGCAAUUUGUGGUCAAGCAAAUACUUGCACCCCAAACAAAAAGCCAAGGGUUAUUGUUUAGCAGGAGAUAGCAAAGGGGCCAGCACACCAGUUGCCCAGCAAAGGUCAACAGGUGUGAAGCCUAAGUAAGAGGACAGAUUGCAGGGAACAGGUGACCAGUGUAGACAAACUCAACAGUCAAAACAAGUGAGCUCUCUCCAACCCAGACCUUUGCAAUUGGAGACCAUGGCUUCUGAAAGAGAUGCCACUAUUCAAGUUGCUUCAACAUCCAACCUUUGAGUAUAAUUCAAAAUGUCAACAGCAGAGCAAAGAAAAACUACAGUGAUGAAAUCUCCUGUCCAGAGUCUAAGAACUGUUCUCAAGUAGGAGCCAGAUUUCAGGUCCAAGAGAGAAUGGAACCUGACAACCUUUUGAAGAGAACACUAAGUGAUCAAGAUUUGAAAUCCUCAGAACUAACCCCACAGAAAAGCUACUAGAGCCCAGAAACUCUGUGGAGUUGCUUUCUUGUUUGUGGCCUCAAUUUAAAGAUUUCAAGGAGUUACCAACAAAAUAAGCCACAGGAUCUGAUAACAUGACCCUUGACCUCAAGAAUCAUGUUGCAGAAGUAAGGAUGCUAACUUGUGAGGUAAGACCAGGGAAAGAAUUUCUUAGAGUGACUUCAAAGCCGGUAAAUAGACUGGACAUGUAGAGAAAUCUCCAAGGCCGUGUCCUCAAGACUUAGGACCUGUGGUGGUGAGCUCUUAGAAAAUUUCCCAAAGGGAACACUCUGUAGCAUCACCACCAAGGCCAUCCUAUCACGUUCCAGAUUCUGCUUCAGGGAUAACACCAGGGCAAGAACCUCAGAUUCCUAAAUCUGUAAGUUUGACCUCUAAGCCAUGGCUGCAAAUAGAAGAAUCCUUAGAUUUGUCAACCCAGCAAGCCAGUCAAGAUGUGGGAGAUGUAGACUCUGAGGAGGUCACUUUUGAGUCAUCGCAGCCAGGGGAGGUAGCAGGUAGGCUAACAAAGCCCCGAAUGUAAGCAUGGGAACUUUAAACAUUAACUCCAAUAGAAUCACUGGACCAAAUGAUAAACUUUAUAAUGGUCAGUCCAAAGCCACUAGGUCAAGUGACAGAAUCGCAAAGACACCGCUUCAAGUUGCUCAGUCAGUUGCUCUCCCCAUUGUUUCCAAAUCUGUGGAAGUUAUCUCUGGACUGCCACUUCAAGCUAUAGAGUCUGUGAUGAUACCAGAGCUAAUCUCUCAAGGGUCAAAACAUGCUGAUUUGACUCCCAAACUGCAUGGAGUGAUAUUGGCAGAAUUUGCUUCAAGUCUUUGGCUACAAAAUGUGCAAUCUAAGAAAUUGAUCGCAGUGUCAGCACAUCAAAUUUUAGAAACAACAGAGUUGUUGUGCUUUCAGGUUAUAAAGACUAUAAUGAUUCCCAAACCCCUGCUUCUGAUUGUAAAAUCUGAAGAGCUGGCUCCAGUCCCCAAGCUCUAGAACCAAUAGGAGUUGCCACAAAAUCAAGCACUAAAGUAAAACUAAUGAAUGGCUUGAAUUUUCUCCCAAGACCACAUCUUCAAGACAUGGUAAAACCUACGGAAUGAACUCCAAGGGCAUAUAUUCAAGAGAAUUUUGCAGAAUUAAUCUUACAGCAAAAACUUGAGAAACCUCCAGUAUUAUCUCAUGAGCAAAGACUUCAGGCUGAAAAAUGUCUAGGCAUCAAAACAGAAUCUCCUAAAGUAAUGGAAAUUGAGGGUUUCAAUCACAGAUGGGUGUGUGUGACGAUAAGAGACUCAGAAAUGAUAACAUCAGAAAAGUCACAAGCAGAGAAUUCUCUAGGUUCAUACACAGCCCUUCAAUUCCAUUUAUUUCAAGUUCUGUCAAAACAACUGAGUUAGGGCCCCUUCAGGGUUCUGGAAUGCCAGGGAUAUCAAGAGCCUUGGCUAUGAAGAACUUUGCUGUUGGUAUUUUACCAUCUCCAGAGUCCUAUACAGACACCAUUAUAUUUUGUUCAUCAGCCCUUCCCUUGGUUCUUCCCUCUGAUACUUCCUUCGGGAACACUGUGGGAACGCUAUAUCCUGACAUCUGGGAAGUGGAUGUCCUAUCCAAGGAAGCAACUGAAAAGAAACAAAUGGAGGAAUUUGGGGAUUCACUCCAGGACUACUCUCCAUAUCCACUGAGAUUAGUACCCUUGGAGUUUCAGGCAGGACUAGAGGCUCGAAGACAUCCUGUCUGUUCUUUCCUGGGUAGACAACAGAGUGUCUGCCAAAGUCAUGUCCAUAGGCAGCGACUCCUUAGGAAGUAUCUCUCCAAUAUGCUGAUGCUGGGAAAUGUUCUGGGAACCACUAUGGAAAGGAAGCUUUGUUCUCAGCCAUUUUUAACAGAAGGAGCCAUGAUGGAUAUCUGUCAGUCUAUUCAGAUUUUAUUUGGGGUUCCAGCUGAACGGAUGGCAUUUUCCCAGAGCCUACUAGAGAGGGGUCCUAGGAUGAUUUCACAGACUUCAGUGGUCAGAAACUAUAUUCAGAGACAUAUUUUAUGCCAUGGUCACAAGAAAAGAAUGCCCUUAAAGAUGUGGACACGUGGAUCCACAUCUUCCAUAUUACAGCAAUACUCUGGUACUAGAUUGGGAAUAAAGAAAACAAACUCAAAACUUGGUGAUAUAUUCCAGGAAGUCA